UGGUUGUAGAUAACAAGACUUUUAUUUUGGUCUGGCGAUGUGACGUCGGGAGAAGGCGUCGCGCUCCUGCAUCUGUGUCUAAGAAAGUUACACUUAGUGGAAAAGGCCACUUAUAAUCAAUAAGGUGACCUAAAUAUUUGCGGCUUGGAAACAGAUGGAAAAUUGACAGGCUUGUGCUGCAGUACUAUGGAUGUUUUGCCCUCCAGGUGUUUGAGCCAGUCAUGUGACUGAAAGCUAUGAAUACAAACUGGACACUGCAGAAAUAAACAAAGUGUCCAAAUACACAGAAAAGCUCCUGCUGAAACAACUAAGAUCCAUGUGACACGCUAUUAUAAAGAUGGCGUUUAUUAAAGAGGAGAGUGAAGACUUGAAGAUUGAAGAAGAAUUCAGAGUCAAACAUGAAGAUACUGAGGACCAAACAGCCUUAGACCUGAUGGCGCUGAAAGAGGAGAGUCGAGAUCUGAACGAAACGGAAGAGAAAUAUCUGCAUGAAAAACAUGAUUUUAUUACUGGAGAAAUAUCUUUUUGUUGUUCACAGACUGAAAAGACUUCCUCUCAAAAAAGAGCUCAGAAGACUGGAACUCUGAGUCAUUUCAUUUGCCAACAUUGUGGAAAGAUUUUAAAAAAGAGAGAAAACCUUAAAAUCCAUAUGAGAAUUCACACUGGAGAGAAGCCUUUUAUCUGCCAACAGUGUGGAAAGAGCUUCCCACGAAAAGAUAAUCUUAGGGUUCACAUGAGAAUUCACACUGGAGAGAAGCCUUACACCUGCCAACAGUGUGGAAAGAGCUUCCCACGAAAAGAUAAUCUUAAGAUUCACAUGAGAAUUCACACUGGAGAGAAGCCGUUUGUAUGUGGUCAGUGCGGAAAGCGUUUCCCACAUAAAGCAACCUUUUAUACUCACAUAAGAAUUCACACCGGAGAGAAGCCUUACACCUGCAAACUGUGUGGAAAAACUGUGAACCGAAAAGGAAAUCUUAAGGCUCAUAUGAGAGUUCACACUGGAGAGAAGCCUUUCGCAUGUGAUCAGUGUGGAAAAUGUUUUGUACGUAAGGAAGGCCUUAGUAAGCACAUGGAGAUGCACUCAAUUGAGAGUUGUUUUACAUGCCAACAAUGUGGAAGUACAUUCACAGACAGCGAACACUUUAAGAGCCAUGUAAUAACUCACGUGGGACAGGAACCUUUUAUGUGUCAUCACUGUGGAAAGACUCUCACAAAAAAAGCAAACCUCAAGACUCACAUGAGAAUUCACACUGGAGAGAAGCCUUUCACAUGUGAACAAUGUGGAAAGAGUUUCAGACAGAAAACAACUCUUUAUACCCACAUGCGAGUUCACACCACAGAGAGGCCUAUUCGAGUAUGUAUAGUGUGAGUUUCACAUGUCAAAUAAAUAUGAAGUUAUUUGCAAACUCAUUCUGGCAAGAAAUUGCAGUGUUCUGAAAGUGGUAAGAGAUUUAGAAAAAGGAGCACAUGUGCACUCAGUCUGAAGAAAGUAGGGUACCUGUGGGUCCUUGAAAAGGAUGUAAUGGCAUUAAAUUCACUUUUAACAACAAGUCCAUAAAAGUCCUAAAUAUUAUAAAUGAUAAGGGAAAGUCUUAACCCUUUUGCUGAGGUUUAAAAUAUUUGAAGCAUGAACAGAGGAGAGGACAUGAACAGAAAAGGCAAACCUGUUUUUGAUUGGCUAGAGAUUAUCAUGGUAACUGAUUUGCAAGCAGCUGUCAUAAUCUUCUAAUAUUAUGUACAUUUCAGGGGUCUUUACUUUCUUGACAUUAUUGGAUUUUGUUUAAAGCAAUAUGCUUUUUCUAAAUGACUUUUAUUUUUCAUUUUUAUGUGGGCCAUUCUACAGAAUUGGUCCAAAGUCAGAGUUGGAAAUGUCUUGAUAAAAUUGUCUUUUUCCAAAAAAGUUGUAUGUAUGCAAAUUGUAUAAUAUCCAAGGUACACAUUUCGAGUAAUUGUGCAGUUAAUUCUCAUAUUGUAUUUUCAAAAAGUUUUGGAAUAUUUGUCCUCUCCCCAAAUUUAUCACUACCGAAACACAGUAAUAAUAAUUUAAUUAGAAGGAUUGUAUUGACCUAUUAAGAUUUUGCUUGCAUCUAGAUUGUAAUUUAUUUUAUUUUUUUCCAGAAGUAAAUAAUUACAUUUUGAACAAUAUUUCAAGUGUAAAUUUUGAGAUUUAUAUUUCCAGUUUUCAGUUUUUCUUUGUAAAAGCAAGGUUCCUACGGGGUUAUGAAAAAGUAAGGAAUUUGAUUUAAGUAUUUUCCAGGUCUAGAAAAGUAUGGAAAAAAAAAAGUAUGGAAAAAUAUUUGUGUUUCCAGACUUUUGCUCCUAUUUAAUGAAAAUAAAUUUAUCGUACAAGAAGUGAGGUUUCACGGUAGCUGUUUAGUGAUUCUUUAGUGAUCGCCAAAUAUGACAAUGAAUUCAAGGUGCACUUUUUCAUUAUGCAAAAUGCAGGUUAUAAGCAUUUCGGGUUUCUUCAGACUAUUUUCUUAGCACCGUAUUACAUAACCUCAAGGUUAUGUAUUUUUUAUUUUAUUUUAGGGACUCUAUGUUGUCACUUUGAGAAAAUCAAUGAAAAAAAAUCCUGAGAAAAUAAAAAUGUUCACAGAUGACUGUACUAUAUACCAAAUAUAAAGCUGAAAAUAAUGCUCUAUGAACCAUUUAUGUUAAAUAUGGUCUGAAAAUCUACCGAGAGAUUAGGAAAUUUGAGUGGAAAAGUAUGGAAUUUUGAAAAAAAAAAAAAUAAAUCAAGAAUAGUGUGAAACAGUAUACAAUAAGCAACAAAUAAUGUUUCAGAGUAGCAUGCUACAUUGUUGUUACAUGACCAACACUGAACAUUAAUUCAGCACAGCUGUAAAGGCUGUUAUUUAUGCAUGCAUGUGGACACCCAAAGGAUCAAAAUGGCUGGGACAGUACCCUGAGGAUGCUUUUAAUAAGGUACACUUUUGUGCAUUCAUUGCAGUGUGCACAAUUGUUCCUUGGGGUAUAAAAUUGUAACCAUCAGGGUACCGCCCCAGUGAUAGCCACUUGUACCUUAAAAGGUAGUUUUGUAACUUUCUUUCUGACAGUGUAACCAACUCCAGAGCAUAUGUUGCUAUGGCUACUUACCCUGAAAGUCACCGCAGUUUUUGGAACCGAAAGCUGAGUUUAUUCUCUUACCCUUAAACAUACCCAGGCAUGUCACAUAACCUGCUUUCUGGAAUACCCCCCUGAUCUUGCCUGCGCAUAGUCUUUACAUUUCUUUAAAACCAACAGGAGGUAAUAAUGGUCACAUGCAGUGAUGGGAAUAACAGCGUUAAAAAUAAACGGCGUUACUAACGGUGUUAUUUUUUUCAGUAACGAGUAAUCAAACAAAUUACUGUUUCCGCCGUUACCGUUACUGACAAUAAAAUGUGGCGUUACUAUAUUAUAUUAUUAGAAUUUAAUUUUUCAGUUCAUCUGAAUGGAUGCGCAGUGUAGCUGUAUUUGACGUACCAUAAACUCUAGUGUGAAGGCGCACGACUCGCCGUCACUUUCUCUCACAUACACGCACGCAAAGAAAGAUACAGAGCAAGAGAGUCUUUCAUAACAUGCAGAACUGAUGCGCUACAUGUAAACGAUAUUCUUUGUUGUAUUUUCAUGUCAAAAUAACGGAGUUCCUUUGGAUUACUUUCAGCUUUUAAGAACUGCCGGUUUGUCUGGUAGUGGGCGGAGCUAAUGCGCAAACGACAAU